CACCAUGGAGAUCCAAAAGAGGCUGUCUGCGUGCUGGCAGAGUUGCCUGGCAUGUUUUAACAAACCGAAUCAAUCCAGUGGAGGACAGAACCAGAACAGGGAUAAAACCGGCAUUGUUAUUGAAAACCCCGGAGCUGUUAAAGCUCCAGACCCGGGUUUCCAUGUUAACAGAAGUUUACCUAGUCCUCCAGGAACCAGACCAGAAGGGUAUUACAUCGCUCAGUAUGAUUACUCCGCUCGGACAGAGGAGGACCUGAGCUUUAACGCCGGGGACACUUUGGAGGCUCUGGAUAAACGCCAUGGGGAUUGGUGGUUCGCCAAAGCUCUCACCGGCAUCUCAGCCUCCAAACAGGGAUACAUCCCCGCUAACUAUGUGGCUCCUGUGGAGAGUAUCGAUGCCGAACCGUAAGUUCAAACCUCACAGUAUCACCAUGUCAUCUAUUGUCAUUUGCAGUUUGACUGUUGUACGGAGGCCUAUUCCUGCCAUCACACUGCAAUGGUGAAAAAUCCAUCCUGAACUUAAAAAUUAUGACAGAACUUCAUCAAAAUACGUGCUAAAUUAUUUAAUUAAAAUAAUGAAAAUCUUUCCUGAAACACCCAUCAAACAUCUGAUGUCGAAGAGACGUGCAGAUCAAGUCAGUAUUGGGUUGGUCCGUCAAUGACAACAUCUCGACAUCAGCGUGACGUGCAAAAUAGGUUAGAAAUUUUGACGUCCAAAUUGGACCUUUUGUUAGACGUAGCUCUGACGUUUAGAAUUUUGACAUCAUCUGAAGACCAAAUCUAGAUGACGGCACAACGUGCAAAAUGGAUCCAAGAUUUAGACGUCAUUAUUGGACCUCUUUUAGGCUUUGAAAUGAUAUCCAGACGUCGAAAAAAUUUCUUAAAUCGAUGUCAUUUCAACGUCGCAUUGCGCAGUGAGUCAUUGAUUAUCUUGGUAUAUAAGGGUGAUUAUGCAGUGGGAAAGAAAACACAUUUUGAAAUAAAAGGUGUAAUAUUAAAAGAAUCAAGUUGAAAAUUAAGUAAAUUAUGCUGCAUUCCAGUGACCUCGGAAGUCGGAAAACCGAGAUGGACACCUACAGUUUCCCGUUGUUAGCUGUUGGUUACAAUUGUCAGCUGCCAUUGGCCGUUGUCAGUUGUUGUUAGCGGUUUUCAGCUAGACCAGUUGUAAACAAUGCAAUACAGAGUAUAUUACUCUACAAACACCAUAGCACGGUGUUCACAAUAGGAUGUUGGGCAGCAGAACGUAUACCACUUACUUAACUUCACAAAAACAAAACAGAAGUGCUAAUAAAUAAUACAUCAUGAGAGAUUUUACCGUAACUCUUCACUGUCUAUGCACUGCACCGCCAUCUUGAAUUAUGACGUUGUCUUCAAGUCAGGGUUGGCGAGGAUUUUCCGACUUUCCGAGUUGGAAAUCAAACUUCAGCAUUAGCCUAUAUGUUACUUCUAUUCUGAGAGAGGACAUGUCAUAAACUGCUAAUUAUAAUUUCUUAUCAAUACGCCCUGCAUAAGAAUUAGAAAAUUGUUGCAUCUGAAGUUCUGAUUUAAAUCUAACAAAUAACUUAUAUUUGGCCAAACAAUUAACAUCUAUAGGCUUGCGCUGGUAACUCAUUGCCGUGGUUAAGUUGUUAUAUAACAGACUAGACACAACAUACAUGCAACUUCAACUUCAUUCUCCGCAAAGCCAACCCUCAUCUGUGCUUGUUUACAUCCACGUGGUAGAGCGUUAUAGCAUUAUGGCGAUAUCUACAGGCAGAACUAGUGAAAAAUAACCUUUAAAAUGACAUGAUCCACAUGUCAGGCUUAUAAUAGAAUAUUUUAAUAACUUGUGAAACUGACUGGUACCUCUGGUGCCGACUAGCUCAGGUGAUGUGGUUUGAUCAUUGAGUUGAUAAAACAUACACUCCCCUAGUUUUAGUUUUGUGUGAAGUUGUUGUCUCCUGUGUUAAGUAGACAUUUAGAACAAAUAAAUACCACCGAAAAGGGCCUGGCCUAAAAAAGUUAGAAUUGUUUAUUUUCAGGAUCUUUUUCCUUAUCACCAGAAAGAGAUUGGCCAUUGUAUCGUAUAUCCUCUUUCAAUCCCAACAUGAAACAAUCUGAGUGUUGAUAUAGACGUCAAACAUUACUUUCAAAGGUGGUUAACAUUUACAAUCCAUAUGAUAAACAAAAAAAAAAUGCAAAUUUCGCGAGCUGUGCUUUCACAGCGGUAAAUCACAUCUGAUUGCUUGUCCCAUGCAGUGAAGUGGUGGAUUAAUGAUUAUCUGUAACCAGGAAAUGUCGGUUUACAGGUUAAUGAUUCCCACAAGGAAAAGGUCCAAAGCAUGAGAACCUCAGUGGUGUAUAAAAAGGCUUUUUUUCUGGUAGUUCACGGUCAUCUGUAAGUAUUGUUAAACUGUAAUGACUGUGUCCUUAUUCAAACUGGUUUGGCCACAAACACUCCAGCCUUAUAGAGCUACUUCACUUCCUCAUAAAAGUCCAGUUCAUGUUCAGACAUCACAGUAUGUGUAAACAAAUUUGGACUCCUUUAAAAACCAGGUACUGUUAUCUCUAACCUCUGUGACACUGAGGAGUUGUAAAAGUAAUGUCAUGUAUUCGUGAUGCACUCUCAGCCUACCCGGCAUGUGAAACCCGUUUCUGCUCAGCUGUCCUCUGGUUUUUCCCGUUUAGUCACGACAACAAAAAUAGUCCUGAGUUCCAGUGUCGGCAUCAUUUGUGUCAUAGUUUUAGUGAAUCAUAAACCUGAUGAUCAUGAAGGGAGGCCAGACAGGAAAGAAUUUGUUUUAUGACCCAGUUGUAUGAAAUAAAGUCGCUUAUCAUGCAUCUUGUAAAAUGGUAGCAAACCAAAAUCACAGACUCUGAAAUGAGGAAAACAGAGUUCAAGUUUUAUCAAUCCUCCCACUUAACAUCUGCUGGUAAAUAUGACUAACAUUUCCUUAUUGUGUGUCGUAUUAUCAUCAAGAUCCUGGACUUGUGGCCCUAUGAAGCGACACCCAGUUUUACCUGUGGUAGAUUAACCUGGGAAGACAUUUGCUAUUUAUAACUCAAAUUUAAAAAAAGCUUAGAUGCUUUGUAGAAUGUAAAUAAAACCAUAAUUUCAUGGUUUGCAAAUCAUUCAAAGUUAUAUUUAUUGGGAACAGUGCAAACAAAACAAAUCAAAUGUUGAAAAUAAAAAAAUAUUGUCCCAUUCAUACAUGAUGUAGGAUUUCUGCUGCUCACCAGUUUAGGUUUUCACAGGACAGUGUUCUUUUUAUGAAGUUUUUUUGAACCCAUGCAGUGAUUUCCACUAUAGAGUCAUAUGUCUUUGUACAGUGAUUUCUCCAGAUUCUCCAAAUCUUUUAAUGAUAUUACAUUCUGUAGAUGAUGAAAUCCACUAAUUCUUUGACAUUUUACAUCAAGGAACAUUAUUUUUGAAUUGUAAAGCCUGUAUUUUCUAUAUCCUGGACCCUAACAUGUAGCAGACAGAGCAGACAAGUGAUGCACAAUUCUUCUAUUAGAGGCGGCAAUCCAUUCAUCUUGAACCCCUGUAAAAGGCUUUAUGAACGGAUGUAGGAUAUCAUUACUAACUAUAUUUAUUGGGAAGAAAUAAGUCAUAAAAUGGCGAGUUGGUGAUGGGCCUUUUAUUAACGAGUCGCAAUAAAUUACCACUAAACUCCAUGCUUAAACUGCUGAUGAUACAUUUACUGUUUUUAUUUUGAGACUAAUCUGCCUCUUGUUUUUGCUCAACCUCUAAUUUGCAGUUGGUAUUUCCCGGAAACCAAGAGGCUGGAUGCAGAGAAGAUGUUGCUGGCAGAGGGAAACCAGCAUGGAGCUUUUCUCAUCAGAGACUGUGAGAGUCAGACAGGAGAGCUCUCCCUCUCAGGUGUGUACAAGAAGAUCUCAUAUCCACUGAUGAAACUCUUGUGCAUGUUAUAACUUACUUAUUUUUUUUCUAGCUUGGACUAAAAACCAAAGACAGAUCUUUGACUCCUGGGUAUGUCUGUAUGUGUUGGCUUGUGUUUCAGUUCUGGACAAUGGGAAGGUGAAGCAUUACAAGUUGAAAAAACUAGAGAACGGACACUACUACGUGUCCAGGGCCAGACCCUUCCUAACACUGCAAGAGCUGGUGAAGCAUUACUCCAAACAGUCUGAUGGUCUCUGCGUGCGUCUGGGUGAACCAUGCUUGAAGGUAGAGCUUCAUUCAUUUCAUUAAUUUUACUCCUGAGCACGAUGUAAGGUCCCUUUGUCAUGUCUGUAAACACUGGCUCAUCCUGUCUGUGAAGAUGGAGGCUCCACAGACUAUCGGUCUGUCGUAUAACACUGUGGAUCAAUGGGAGAUUGACCGAAAAUCCAUCCAGUUGCUGAGGAAGCUGGGAGCCGGUCAGUUUGGAGAGGUGUUUGAAGGUCUGUGGAACGAAACCACGGCAGUUGCAGUGAAGACCCUCAAAUCUGGUACGCUCAUUUACAUCAUUUUAAGCUCUCAAACAGAAAACAAACUAAUUGGGAGCAAAUAUAUUAAAGUACUGAGUAAAAUCUGAUGAUUCAAGGCCCAAUAAACAUGUUUUUGUCUGUUUGAUGGCUGCAUUUAAGAUCAGAGCUGGUGCUUUCUGAACCAUAUGAGCGUUAAUGAAAAGAUAAAUGGACCCAGGUUAGAGCCCUGAGGUACCUCAGUAAAACGUUUUUUUUUUCUUAUCUGGGUAAACUGUCCGAAAUAUUAUGGUGUUUAAGAUAGCAGGUCUUUGUAGGACUACAUGGGCAAAAGAAUUUCAGCAUACUUUCCAGAAAAGUUUAUUUAACAAUAAAAGAUAAAAGGACCUAGGUUAGUACCCUGGGGUGCCUUGGUUAGGUUUUUUUCUGCUUUCUGUUUGGCAUAUAAAUGCAGAUCAGAAGCCCUGGUGUCAGAAACUUUCCUAGAUUGACCAAUGUCACGUCCAAGAUAUGUACAGUUUGAAUCAUGCCCACCUUUUAUAUUUUUCUGUUUCUCCUGAAAGUAGCAUUUGUGGCAGGCUGAUAACAACUGGAAAAAGGGUACAUUCUAUCUGAUAUUGAUCGUUAUUCUAAGCUUGCCAUGUCAGUAAAUGAUGUAGACAGUUAGCACCAGUAACUUCAGCUUUCAUGUCCAACCAGGAUUAAAAAAAAAACUGCCUGUUUUAUUAUUCUAAUCAACCAGGGCUUCUCUGGUUACACAAAAUAGCAAAAAUCAAAAUUAAAGCUCCUGUGAGGACUUUUGAGUUUGUGCCCCAACACAGUUUUACUCAUGUAAAUAGUGUCAUCCUUCAAAAUCUGAUCCCAUUCAGGUAUAUCAUUGCUUGUUAACAUUUAAUUUGGAAAAUGUAAGAAUAAGGGUGUCUCCUCGGCUACUGGGCUGACACCUACCCCCUCAUACCAGUUUCAAACUUUCAGUCUACAUUAUAAAAAUUGUAAAUCUUGUCACUGAUGGUUUUGUCAGUUUUGGGAUAUAAUGAAGUGGCAUCAGUAUAAAUUUCAAUCUCUUUCACUCAUGUCAAAAAAUUUCUCACAGGAGCUUUAAAUAACUUUAUUGUCAGUUCUGAAAAUGUAAGAUCUAUAACUGUCAUUGUCGUAAUAUUGAAGUGUCCCUCCUAACAUUCAGUCACUGCUUACUGUCUGCAGGCACCAUGGACGCUGAAGACUUCCUGAGAGAGGCCCAGAUCAUGAAGAGGCUCCGGCACCCCAAACUGAUCCAGCUGUAUGCGGUUUGCACCAUGGAGGAGCCCAUUUACAUCAUCACAGAGCUGAUGAAGAACGGCAGCCUGCUGGAGUACCUGCAAAGUAAGAUGACUCACGUUUACUGCUCAUGUGUUUAUGACAGAUUUUAUGAUAGGAUCAGAGUCCAGUGCUGCUCCUGCUGUUUGCCUCUUAUUGUCCCAAGGAUCAGAUGACAGUGGAAAGUGACGAGAGCAGCAAAAUGUUCUACGCCAUGCAGUUUUUAAUCUGACCUCUGUCCCUGCAUCAGUAAUUUUCCUGGUCCUUGGCAUUGUCGUGGGUAGUUCUCAGGAGAAGUUACAAAAACAUUUCCCUAUUACACAAAACAUUUUUUAAGUUUUGAUUAAUUUUCUUUGCUGAACUGAAUAAAUGAAUUUAAAAAAAAUAGAAAGAAAUAUGGAUCUUUUAAUUCUAGCUCUUUUACUAAUGAUGAAACAAACAUGUCUGGACUGAUUGUAUGACCCUCUAUCUUUAUCACAGAGGAUAAAGGCACCUUGCUGAGGCUCUCAGACCAGGUUGAGAUGGCUGCUCAGGUGGCGGCUGGUAUGGCUUUCCUGGAGCUACAGAACUACAUCCACAGAGACCUGGCAGCCAGGAACGUGCUGGUGGGAGAGAAUAACAUCUGCAAGGUGGCUGACUUCGGCCUCGCCAGAGUCUUCAUGGUGGGUGAUAUUUAAAUUGAUUAUCUGUAAGAACAUCAAUCGAUCUGAAAAUCUAGACUGCAGAUUCUGAAUUGAUCUGUAUUAAAAGGAUAUUUCAGCAUAAAAUUAAGUUAGGGUCAAACACACCACUUGCUUCUCCAGUUAUACCAACUUUAGUAACGACCACACGAUAGCAAUACACAGCAGUCUAUGGAUCCACGCGCACACCUCAAUCCAAUCAAAACGCCACUCUAGAACCACAAAUAAUGCUCAGAACAGCACCUAACUUCAUCAAAAGUACAUAUAGGGUCCCAGCCAUAGUACUAGCCACCAAACAUCUUUUUAACUUUGCCUAAUUUCUUUAGCAAAGAGACUAAACACAACUCACCUACUCUCUUCCAGCAGCUGCUUGUUUGUAGGGAGAGCUCAGAUGAGUCUGAGCGGAGUGACGCAGCUCAAGGAAGAAUAUUCAUGAUCAUUACUUUAUCAUUUCCUUGAAGUAAUAAUCACCAUAUAAAUCAUUUUGCACUGCAGAUGCGGUAGUUCUUCUGCUUAGCGUCUCGGUCUGAUUGCAUUUCCAAGAAGAAAUUAUCAUAAAUGUUCUUCCUUGAGCUGCGAAAAUUCUAUGCACUUGGUUAUUAUAGAAAUUAGACAAAGUUAAAAAGAUGUUUGGUGGCUAGUGCUACGGCUGGGACCCUAUAUGUCCUGUUGAUGAAGUUAGGUGCUGUUCUGAGCAUUAUUUGUGGCUAUAGAGUGGCUUUUUGGUUGAGGUGUGCACAUGGAUCCAUAAACCACUGUGUAUUGCUAUUGUGUGGUUGUAAAUAAAGUUGGUAUAACUAGAGAAGCAAGCAGUCGGCAACAUUCAUCUCUCGAGGGGGUGUCUAACUCAGUAAUACGGUAUGUUUGACCCUAAAUUAAUUUUACGCAGGAAAAUCCCUUUAAGCUCAGUAGAUGUUGUUCUACUCACUCUAUCAAAGUGAAACCAGCGUGGCAUGCAUACUUGACUCAUGACUCGUGCUGUUUUCACUUACUGGCAUGCACAGUUAACCUGUCAGGUUUGUCAUCUGAAACUUCCUGUAACACCUGGACCUGUUGUCAUCACUGUUAUUUUGGAAUGUGUGUUUUUUUUUUUUAAUUAAAGCUGAGUGACUGGCAGUAAUUGUAAUUUGUUUUGUGGUUUUGUUGUAUUUUUAGAAAGAGAAUGAGAACGUCUAUGAAGCCAAGGAAGGAAGUAAAUUCCCUGUAAAGUGGACCGCUCCAGAGGCCAUCCAAGACAACAAGUUCAGCAUUAAAUCAGAUGUCUGGUCCUUUGGGAUUCUGCUACAUGAGAUUAUGACGUUUGGACAGAUGCCUUACCCGAGUAAGACCGAAAUCACUGCUGGGCUGCUUCUCUUCUGUGUAUCAGAUUGUCAAAUGGGAAAAUGGUUGUUAUACUUAAACUGCAUGUGCACACUUGGAAGGGCGGGGAGUUGUCCCCCAGGCUCUUUGCCUUGGGUAUUUAAUGUAUGCACAUGAAAUAGAAGGGAGUUGUGCUCUCCCUAUGUCACGAUUUUACAUUUCACAGAUGCUGGUGGAGGGUCUAGGAGAUCUUAGAACAGAGUCAUUGCAUCACAUAUGGUUAAGUGCAUGUGAACAAUUAAUUAUCUUGACUAACCCUAGAACACUAUUGCUAAAAUUAGUAACACCAUCACUAUCACCGGGUGAUUUUUAACCAAAAUAAUAUGCCCAAGAAAAAGUACUUAUCAUCAUAAUAUAUCAUGGACAAUACAUGACAAAUUAAAGUAGUUUUCUUCCAUUUUCAACUGUGCAAUGUCCAAAGGGAGUCUUCCCUGGUGAAGACUCGGGGUCCUUGGCACAAUAACAGCUGCAGGAGAAAGAACCAAUUCAUUCGAUUGAGUAAAAAUAACCAGCUGACUAAAAUAUUUCUUAUCACCAUAUGAAUUCCUUUGAAAAUCACUACUUUGUGAUAGUUAUUCGUAACCACUGCGCUAAAUAAAGAUAGCAUGCAAAUUCCAGGACCCCUCUUACUGACCUUAUUCCCUACAUUCAGCUAUCAAAUCCACCCAAACCUACUUUACCCUCCAUCACUAUUGCUGGGAAAAAAUCACCCAAACACGUGUCUGUAGGGAAAAGCGUCUUUUGGAUCAGGGAAACAAAUAUGUCUUCAAAGAUGUCAAAGGCAAUGCUGAAGCUACCCAGAGAUACUCAGACAAACGCGACAUAAUGAAAAUUGAAUGAAAAUUGGUCGUGUGAAAAUCACCCGGCGACAGUGUUCAAAGGGUUAAAAGAGGUCCAGACUGCUAUGUAGAGGUUGAAAAUGAAAUGUUACAUAUCAUCUAGUCUCAUGAGUGUUUCAUCACACCCUCUGCAUCCCAAAUCUGUUUAAAACUUCCACUCAAAUCCCCCCUGCUGAGUAAUAUCUAACUCUUUUGUCGUGUUGUUUUUGCAGCCAUGACGAACAUGCAAGUGGUCCACAAGGUGGUUCAGGGCUACAGGAUGCCGUGUUCCCCCGGCUGCCCCAAAGUUCUUCAUGAAAUCAUGUUAGAGUGCUGGAGGGAGAAUGAGCAUGAACGACCCACAUUUGAGACCCUGCAGUGGAAGCUAGAGGACUACUUUGACAUGGACCCAAACUCGUAUGACGAUGCUAGCCGUUACUCGCGCUGAGACAGGCUGGAAAAAGACAGAGAUAACCCCUCCGAAUCAUCUAAAUCCACAACAUGAACAUUCACUGAUGAAGCAGCAGAUUCAAUGUAAUUUAUGAUUUCACUCACUGAAAGUCAAAUGAAGGAUCUGAAAUGACUGAUCUGCUCCUGAUUUGGAUACUGUCGCUGCAGUGAAGCAGCUUUUUUAAGUGGACCACUCCAGCUUUUGCUUCGUUUGACUACAUGCACUUUCAAACAAGCUGUGUUCAUGUCUGGUGUGACUCCUGAAGCUCACCAGACUGGAUAAGGCCUCUUUCAGCAGAGCUGCUAUCAGUCCAUCUGGAGGAACAGGUUCGUCUUGCGCUCCACAUAGCUCACAUUCUUUCCACUGGCGACGUGCCUAACUUUUUACCUGAAAGAGGAAGGCGCCUGCGAGGACGUGUAAGUCAUGUUCGAGUCUCCUCAGUUUGACUCCCUCUGUCGUAUUGACGGAGAGACUGAAGGAUCUGAGUUCAUUCAGGAUUGCACAUACGUAGCUGCAACUCGAGGUGAUCGCUCAAAUGUGGGUGACUGUUUAGCUUUUUUCACUGAGUCAUGACCACACCCCCUAUUAUAUUGUUAAACUGUUUCACUCAGGCUCCUCUCUUUGUGUCACUGUAAAUACACCCAAAAAUUGGUCAUAACUGAGCUGCAAUGUCUUGUAAAAAUUAAGAGCUAAAUUGACCUAAUUUUGACUUAAUAAGGUGAAUUUGUGCACACAAACGACCGCAGAGAAACUGUGAAGAUGAUACUGAUCCGAGUAUUUUUAUUUAAGUGUCAAAAUAACAGAUGUUUGAUUCCUCACCUUGCACUUAUUUUGUGUCCCAAGGGGCCGAGCUGACUGGGGUCUCCUGUGAGUAGUAUUUUAACACAUAAUGAGGUUUACAUUGCGCUCUCUGGUUCAUUCGGUGCAGUCAGCAGCUCUGAGACAGUUUCCCAGCAGCUGCAACCAGACUCAUUUUCAGGAAGGUAAAAUAACUAUUAACCUCAAGAGAAACACCUGACUGUAAAUGUAAUCAUGUAACAACCAUUUCUGGUUAUAGAUAUGGAUCUGACGCGAAAAGGCUGAGAUAAAUUGUCAGACACUGAGAUAAUAACCUGAGCCUGUCAGGGUGCAUGUACUGAGAGAUAUUAAAGUCAUUUUAACCAUCCAGUCGAACCAGCACUCCACAAGGUUUUUUCGCCUUCAUAAUUAACUUCCGUUUUUCUUUUUGUUUGUUCUUUUAAACCUAGUUGUUCGAAGGUGUUGUACUUUUAAUUUUACAAUACGAUUUAAAUAGUCCCCAAAUAUUGCAAAAAAAGUUUUAGUUUCUAAGUUGAAUACACAUUUUGGUUUAAUGUCACGUUUGGCAGAUUUCCGUUUCUGUUUUCGGUUUGUGUGCACAAAUGAAAUUGUUUGCAAGAGCGAUAAUCAUUUCGAGCAGAAAGUGUCAUUUUUUUUUUUUUCAUUUUUACCCCCCAAGCCUCUGACUUUUCUUCUUACCACUUUUUUUUUCCUAGAACGUCCAUAUUUGCUAAUUCACUUUGCAACCUGACCCCCCAGUGUACCUCCUCACUACCUGCUUUUUCUUAGGCGGUACUGUCAUACUGAGUUAAAUGCUUUUGUUUUAAGUCUAUAAAUGAUGUUGAACUUGCGGUAUAAUGACUCCAUGACUGAACAAUGUGACUCUACUCUUAAACUUUUUGAUGAUUUCUGUUAAAAACUGCAGAGCUGCUCUCGGAUCCGUGGCCACAUUGUUUAUGACCAGCUGUAGCUGCAACAGCGAAGACGCUAAUACACGUUUGAGACAUUUAUUUAAUAGCAGAGUGUGCAGGAUUUGUCACCAGCAUCUUUUAAAGUUUCUCCUUCCUUCUCUCUCUCUACACUCAAGUGAGCUGGAGAUUGAAUAAGGUGAGAAAUCAGUGAAUCAGGAAGUAAAACUCACUAUUUUUUAUCGAUUCAUGCUGUAAAGGAGGAUAAUUGAAGUUGUAGAUCCACUUAACUCUGCAAGAGCAUGCUUUUGUUUUAAUACAGCUGCAGCCAGGCUUCACCUCAACCACUGCGGUCUCUGCAAGAGGUGAAGGAUAGGGACAGUGAUCUCACCUGGUCUUUAUUUUUGAGUCUAGAGCUGCUAUUAUCUGCUCCAACCAUGCUACAGAAAACCCAAAUCUCAAUUAUGAUGCCAUGCACCUGUAGGUAAACACAGGAAAGAGAAUUUUUCCAAAGACCAUCCUGCUCAUUCUGCCUCCAGGUUAAAAACUUGAGGGAUUUAUGUCCUGCU